CUUGAAAACCCCAAAAAAUAAGAAGAAAAACCAUUGAUUCUUAUGCGUUCAUCAAAUUGAUUCCUUAAAAGUUUCAGAAAACUUUGGGGUUUCGAUUUCGAUUCUGUAGAAACUAAGAACAACCUAGAAAUGCAUCCUUAUGCAAAUUAAUUGCAGUUUAUCGGAGCCUCAGGCUCACCCAACCCUUCAAAUUUGGGGGGUUUUUUCGUGAUUAUUCUUUAUGAAUUUGAUUGAUCUCUGUGUAUCUAUACGUAUAUAUCGAGAUCAACGAAAGAUAUGAGUCCAACGAGGGUUUUGCGAACUGGGUUGAUUCUAUUGGUGAUUUUUGUUAGGCUAACCUGCGCCGAUGAGCUUCCUAGGGUUUCUAAUUAUGUCUGCCCUACGAAGUUGAUUAAAGCUUCAAUCUUUGGAUUUCAAGAGUCGGUUUGUCCGCUGGGUGGAAUUGAUCAUUCUCUUGGUGUUAUUGAGGGAGACGAAGCAUCGUUGCAGAAGGCUUUAAGUAUGGUCGAUACCAACACUAAUGAUUACAUAGUUGUGCUAUUUUAUGCAUCGUGGUGUCCAUUCUCUACGAUCUUUAGACCAAGUUUAUCUGUGAUGUCUUUGUUGUAUCCUUCCAUCCCUCAUUUUGCAAUCGAGGAAUUCGUCGUAAAGUCAAGCAUACUCUCGAAAUAUGGAGUUAACGGGUUUCCUACUCUCUUUGUUCUAAACUCGACGAUGCGUGCACGAUAUCAUGGCUCCCGUAGUUUGAGUUCUCUUGUGGCGUUCUACACGGAUGUUACAGGCAUCGAGGCUGAAUCGGUCGACACGACCUCACUAGACAAAAUGGACACUUGGGUGCACGAGAAAGGCGACAACAACAACAAGAAGCCAGAAACAUGCCCAUUUACAUGGGCAAGAUCGCCGGAAAGUAUGCUCCGGCAAGAAACAUAUCUAGCAUUGGCCACUUUAUUCGUGGUUCUCCGGUCACUUUACCUAAGUUAUCCAUUUAUCGUCACAUCUGCUCAUUAUGCUCGAACAACACGGUUUCGAGUUAGGAGCUUGUGGGAACACCCUUUUGGGUAUUUGAAUCGAGCCAUACAGUUAUUUAGUUCGCUUACUGGUUGCAUGGACGUCGGUUUCUUUGGUGGCAGUAAGCAGUAAGAUCGAUUUGAUGUUCUUUUUUGUUGAUACGAAAGUUUUGUUCUAAUUUAAUUGGUGUUUAAUGUAAUAUAGAUUACAAAUUGUAUGUUAAUUGAAGAAAAUGAGAGAUCCGUAUUCGAA